UGUGUCUGUUUGUGCCUAUCGCCAGCUGAUGCCUUAGCGCUUGCGUAUUUUGUUGAUAUUUGCAAGCCACGCGAGACGAGAAGAGAUGCUGCGCCUACUCGUGUCCAAUUGCGGCAGGAGCAGCGAUUUGUACAGUCGCCACCUGCUGCAGCCCUCGCAGCAGCCACUGCCACGCCUCCAGAAUGCCGCCCGCCUGAUGCGACAACAUCUGCGCGGCACGAGCGCCAAAGGAGCUCCACAUCCGCCCACGCCCCCACUGCCACCCACAAACGCCAGCCGCCUGCUACACACGACACGCCUACUUUUGUGGGGCGGUGGAAGCCUGACCAUCGGUUUGGGCGCCCGCUGCUGGUGGGCGGGGCACCGCGGAGCGUUGGUCCACUGCGAGGGAAGCCGACUGGCCGUUCGCAAGGAGCAGGAGGAGGAAAAGGCGGAGGAGCAGCACUUCGACUGGCAGCGACUGUGGGCCUACCUGGAGCCACAUCUCUGGGAGCUCAUCGGGGCCGUAUGCGCCGCCCUGAUCGUGGCGUACAUCAACAUCCGCAUACCCAAUCUGCUCGGCGACCUGGUCAACACGCUGGCCAGAUAUGCCAACACAUACGUGACGGAUCCCAUCAACAACUCGUUCGUGAAGGACGUGAGCAAACCGGCCGGAAAUCUGAUGAGCCUGUACAUGCUGCAGUCGGGAUUCACCUUCAUGUACAUCUACCUGUUGAGCCGCGUCGGUGAGCAGAUGGCGGCCAAGAUGCGGCAGGAUCUGUUCACACAGAUCGUCGUCCAGGACAUUGCCUUCUUCGAUGAGAAUCGAACGGGUGAGUUGGUCAACCGACUGACCGCCGAUGUGCAGGACUUCAAGACCUCGUUUAAGCAGUUCGUGGCCCAGGGAUUGCGCAGCGCUGCUCAGCUGAUCGGCGGCAGUAUAUCGCUCUUCAUGAUCUCCCCGCACAUGGCAGCCAUUGCGCUGGCCAGCGUCCCGUGUGUGGUGAUGUUCAUGUCAUAUUUGGGUAGAAAACUGCGCUCGCUAAGCAAAAGCUCACAGGCGCAGGCAGAACGAGCGACGGGAGUUUGCGAGGAGGCACUGUCGAACAUCCGGACGGUUAGAUCCAGUGCCUGUGAGUACCGCGAGAUGCAGCUGUUCGAGGCGGAGACCAAUGAGGCGGCUCGCCUGGCGCAGGAGCUCGGCUACGGCAUCGCCAUCUUCCAGGGCCUGACCAACUUCUUCCUCAACACACUAGUCCUAUCGACGCUCUUCAUGGGCGGCCAUCUCAUGUCCACGGAGAGCCUGUCGCCGGGUGCCCUGAUGGCCUUCCUGGUGGCCUCGCAGGGUGUGCAGCGAUCCCUGGCCCAGGGGUCCAUCCUGCUGGGCACCAUGAUCAGGGGCAUGACGGCCGGCAGUCGGGUCUUCGAGUUCCUCUCGCUGCAGCCGCAGGUGGAGCUGCUGCGCGGCUACAUCAUCCCGCAGGAGCGGCUGCACGGCGAGAUUCGGUUCGAGAACGUCUCCUUUGCAUAUCCCAUGCGGCCGGAUCAUGUGGUGCUCAAGGACUUCAGCCUGACGCUCCGCCCGGGCCAGACGGUGGCCCUGGUGGGAGCCAGCGGAUCGGGCAAGUCGACAAUAGCCUCGCUGGUGGAACGCUUCUACGAGCCAUCGGCGGGCAACAUCAAACUGGAUGGGUACAAGCUUUCGGACAUCUCGCCCUAUUGGCUGCGAUCCAAUGUCCUCGGUUUCAUCGAACAGCAGCCGGUGCUUUUUGGCACCUCGAUAUUGGAGAAUAUCCGUUAUGGCAAACCGGAUGCGGGCGAGGAGGAUGUGUAUGCGGCUGCGCGACUGUCGCAAUCGCAUGACUUUGUGACCGCCCUGCCCGAUGGAUAUGCGACGCAUGUGGGCGAACGGGGCACUCAGUUGAGCGGUGGCCAGCGGCAACGCAUCGCCAUCGCCCGGGCGCUGCUGAAGAACCCGCGCAUCCUCAUCCUGGACGAGGCGACGAGUGCCUUGGACGCCACCAGCGAGGCGGAAGUGCAGAAGGCACUGGACACGGCGGUCAAGAAUCGCACCACCCUGGUGAUUGCUCAUCGGUUGUCCACGAUACGAAACGCAGACCUCAUCGUCGUCCUUGACCAGGGACGCGUCGUGGAGACCGGCAAACAUGACGAACUGAUGGCCAAGCGGGGCCUGUACUUCGAGCUGGUGCGUCAGCAGGAGCGACGGGACAUCCAGGAGCAAGUUCAGGCCGUGGAGGGCGUGGUGGCCGCCAAGGAGCAGCAGUCAAUUGCAGCAGCGACAGUGAGCAGCGGUUCCGGCAGCAGGAUGAACACUGCCCAAGGAUGAAAGCGAUCGUAGGCAAAUUGAUGAUUCCCUGUACACUUAAUUUAUUAGAACGAUUUGUUUUCACUUUUUUAUUUCCAACUGACCAAAACCAAAAAAAAACUGGUGAGAGACGCUAACAAUAAGUAUACAAUAAAAUAAACGCUGAAGACAGUA